AUGGCGCUCGAGGCGCGGCGCUUGCUGCUGUUGCUCCUGGUCUGGUGGGACUCGGCAGCCUCUUUGAACGCUCAAUUUGGUGAACCUUCAGAAUACAGAACACCAAACUGCGAACAGUAUACAUUACCAGGAUGUCCCAGGGACUUUAACCCUGUGUGUGGAAGCGACAUGUCCACUUACCCCAAUGAGUGUACUCUGUGCAUGAAAAUCAGGGAAGAUGGUCACGAUAUUAAAAUAAUCCGAAGUGGACCAUGCUGA